ACAAACAUAACCCCCAUUCAAACUGUAAUCGAGCCCGUAAUUUGCAUCCUCAAAAACUCCGAUAAAACUCAGUGAUCAUGAACCUUACUACUGGACACAGCAAAAGGAGGAGAGAGAAAAUGGGCAUUUCAAGAAGACCCCUGCUUCUUGGAUUAGCCAUUGUUAUGGGUUUGGGUUUUCUUGUUUACUUCAGGUUAUGGAUUAUUGAUUACCGCAUUUCUGCUGAUGAUACUGAAUUGCUAAGGAGACAAUUUGAUCUUGCGCAUAGAGAAGCAGUGGAUGAGUCAGCGGAGUGGAGGUCAAGGUUUGAUGAGGAAAUGGAGAGAGUCGCUGAAUGUAUGAAGGAGCUUAACGAGUUGAAGGAGUCCCGUAGUACGAUAGCAAAGGACAUGCCUAGUGUUGAUGAAAGAGUUGAAAGGCUACAAAAGGAGAACACAGACUUGCGUGAGAGGUUAGUGUCGUUGAAGCAGGAGCUUGAAACUGUGAAGUUGAAGUGCAGGUCGCAGUAGAUUAAGUGCAUACAAGAGCUUAGUUCUGAAAAAACUAUCUGAACACUAAGAUCAUAUGAAUUUUCACCAUUGAAUAUGCACGUGCUGGAGUAGCUCUCAGAUUUUUUUGAGUGAAACAGUGGUUUCCUGUUAGUAACUUUACUAACAAUGAUUUUGAGAGAAGAAAAAAUUGAAUUAUGUGAAAGCUAACUGCUAGUUUGCUGUCAUGGAGGUGGAUAUCAGUUGUUAUGUAAGCUUUUCUUCCUCUCAGGCGAAAAUUGGCCAGAUCAUUAGUGUUAUUCCUUGUAUUUACUCAAAGAUGAACACUUGGGAGCAGGUUUUUUGUAGCGCAAUGUAAAUUUCUGCGAGCUCUCCCAUUGUACUAUAUGACUGGUGAUCCCCCCAAAAUUUGUAUUUGUAAUCCAUGGAAUUAUACGUAGAUGGUACUGGUCUCAAUUUUGUUUUGCACUGAGAUUUGCUCACCUGUUGAGCAGUGUGGAAUGACCUGUUUCCAUUUUA